CUGGGUUUUCGUCUGCUGGCCUCUGAAAUGGGCUCGACUAAUCAGCCCUGAUUUCAUCCAUAUUUCUUUUAUCAUAUUAACUGUUCCGAAAGCUUAAGGCAGUCGAGGCAUAUCCACAAUGAUAUUUGGAGGUGAGGCGGUGGACGAGGUCAGCUGCAGGUUCUCAGAGCUGGUUCCUGUGGUGCUGACUGCCUGGCCAACGGGCUCCACUCCCCGUGCUGCACAGUAAAGAGCAUUUCACGCCCAGACAAGACCACACGGCACCGCCAUGAAGCCGGGUCACGAGCGCAAUCAGGAGUGCCUGCCUCCCAAGAAGAGGGAUCUCAACAACAGCACCAGUAGCAGUAGUGCUACUGGUGGGGCAGGAUGUGGGGUGGGAGGGGUGGAGGAAGUGCCCUCCACUCAGAGCUCAGGGGUCGGUAGUGACACUCAGGGAGGUGGCACAGCAGAGGAGUGGCUGCAUGCUCAGCCUGGUCUACACUAUGGAGUAGAGAGUGCUGAGGGCCUCCAAGGGCUGCCUGUUGACCAGUACAGCAUGCUCUAUAGGGUGGCUCUCCCCUCUGUCUCCUACUCCCAGACCAAUCUACACCCAGUGUUAAGCCAUAUCUCUCCAGCUUACACUGUCCCCUCAUCUCUCCUACAGCAUCAUCCAGGUAUCUCCUAUCCCCCUCUAGGCUAUGCCCAGAUCCCCCACUCAUCUUUCCAGUUUGUCUCUCCAUAUGGUGCAGUCCCUUAUGCAGUCCCCCCUGGCUUUGUUCCCAGCACCCUGAUCUCCCCCUCAGUUGCCCUCUCCCAGCCCCACCUGGUCCCCUACCAGUCAGUCAUCCAGGAGGGGUUGGUCUCCCCUCCUACCCAGACCCAUGUAUCUGCCCAUGCCUUUGCCAAAGUGGGGUCGUCCGGAGGGGUCCCGCUAAUGCUGACCUCGGAACAGGCUGCCCAGCACCUGGGCCCGCUGCCCGCCGCAGAGCUCAGUCCUCGGGGAGUGCCUGUCUUUUACCAUCCUCAGGGCACCAGGGCUGCGCCUGCCCCCAGGGACCCCUACAGCGGGGAGCAGGAGACGGAUAGGGAGGUAAAUGGAGGGGAGAGGGAGCAGGCAGCCAGGGAGAUGCUCCAGGACUCAGUCUACAAUGCCAGGAAUGCAAGGCUGCUGCAGGCAGCAUCUGCCUCUGUAGCACUGGAGCACUCACAGGACAGAAGCCUGAAGAGCCGCAGGCUGGACGAGAGGGCUUCGCCUGGGCAGCGCAGCACCCCAGACACUGACCUGGAGGUUCAGCAGGUUGUUGGUCGCCUAGCCUCUCCUGUCCAAGGUGUGAGUGGAGGGCGCAAAGAGGUGUCCUUUGGUCCCCUGAACCUAUCCCAGGGCUCCCAGAGAGGCAGAGAGGCUCAUGGGGAGAGUACUGGCCGGACAGCAUACGCGAUCCACCCUGUGAUGUAUGGAGACCCCAGGGUGACGGCCCAUCAACAGCAGGCAGGGCAGCCAGGCCACGCGGUCAUCUUGGCCAAUGGACAGACAGUCCUGGUCCCCUUAGACUAUCAUCAACAUCAACAGCCACCCCAGCACUACCCCAGCCGGACCAAUGACGACACCUCUGCUGUCACCAUGGCCUCCCCCACCACCUACUCUAAAGCCUCUGAGUCUCCAGCCAGAGUGUGCCUCCUAGACAGGGCUGUGGUGGAACUGGCUGCCGUGGAGCAGCAGCCUAUUUCUGUUCCAGUCGCGGCAGCCCUCACACAGGCCCUGGCCCCGGCGCCCAACCCUGCCCCCUCCAAUCCCUCCCAUUUUAUGAAGGGGGCCAUCAUCCAGCUGGCCACGGGGGAGCUGAAGCGUGUAGAGGACCUGCAGACUCAGGAUUUUGUGCGGAGUGCUGAGGUGAGCGGGGGGCUGAAGAUCGACUCCAGCAUGGUGGUGGACAUCAGGACCAGCCAGCAGAGACCCGGCCUGGUGGCGCUGCACUUCACAGUGGGCGAGCAGCAGAGCAAGGUGACCAUCGACGUGCCCCCGGAACACCCCUUCUUUGUGUUUGGCCAGGGCUGGUCCUCCUGCAGCCCAGAGCGCACGGGCCAGCUCUAUGGCCUGGCCUGCCACCACUUGCAGGUAGGAGACGUGUGUGUGUCCAUCACUCUGCAGCAGCCGCCCCAGCAACAGAAACAGCCCCUGCAGCAGCAGCAGCAGCAGCAACAACAACAGCAGCAGCAGACCCAAGCCAGGACUUCCACCAAAGUCAACUCCACAUCAGGGGCCAUCGGCCAGUCCAUGGGGCCCCCUGCCCCCCAGCAGCCCAGGCCACAGCCUCACUUCAGGAUGGAACGCGUCCACAGAGAGAGGGAGAGGGGGGAUAAAGAGGAGCCCAUGCAACUAGGGGGUGUUGUGCAGAGUGAGAUGCCCACCAGACCAAAUAGGACUUCAGCAGAGCAAACUAGGAGCCAGAGCAGUUACUAUUUGCACACGGAGGGUUCUGCUCGCCCAGGGGCGGGGUUGGGAGUGGUGUCGACAGUGUUGAGCGCGUCUCAGAGGCGCUGGUCCGCCCCCGGCCUUCAGAGGUACAUGAAGGUAGAGGAAGGGGCGCACCCUCAGCUGGGCCCCUCCGGCUCCUCUCGACCCUCCUUCAUCCCACAGGAGGUCAAACUGUCCAUCGAGGGGCGCUCUAAUGCUGGGAAGUAGCACCAACCAUGGCAGUCCACACCACAGAAGAGACUGUCAGAGGAGUGAAAGCAGCAGAGAGGGGGAAAGGGGAAAAAGAGUGGGAAUGUAGCCUCUGAAUGUUUGAUAUUUUGCACACCUAAUAAGAUUACAAGUUCUUUGUUUUCAGGGGAACUACCUGGUCUGGUGGCUGGUCAGGUCCGCUCUAUUUGCCUGUUAGUCAGUCAGGACAGCUCCUGGUCCAGUGAUCAGGAGAUUGGGUCUCUGCUCUCCCAAGCUGACAGGGAGCGCGGAUGCAGACGCAGGGAGUGUAUGUAGCUGGUGAAUCACCUACCAAAGUCUUCAGACUGCAUCUUCCUUCUGCCCAACCAACCUCUCAGAACCAUCCUUAUCAGAGGUGAACCAACCUCUCAGAACCAUCCUUAUCAGAGGUGAACCAACCUCUCAGAACCAUCCUUAUCAGAGGUGAACCAACCUCUCAGAACCAUCCUUAUCAGAGGUGAACCAACCCUCAGAACCAUCCUUAUCAGAGGUGAACCAACCCUCAGAACCAUCCUUAUCAGAGGUGAACCAACCCUCAGAACCAUCCUUAUCAGAGGUGAACCAACCCUCAGAACCAUCCUUAUCAGAGGUGAACCAACCCUCAGAACCAUCCUUAUCAGAGGUGAUCGCAUUCACUGGACUUUCUCUCUUCUUUGACCAAACCAUCUCCUCUGGAAACCCAAGACUGGGGAGAAUAUAUAGCUCAUGUCUGGUAGACAGGCAACAGGGUCUGACACAGUGACAAGAACAUAGCUAUCCUAUUGUGCUCUGUCUCCCCCCACAUUUCUAUUUUGGUCUGUUACCUUCAAAAGCAUUCUCCCAAAAAGACUAAAGGUGCACUUUGCGGUGCUGAAUUGCUGGCAUUGGCACAUCUAUGCUUUUCCCUCUAAUGAUGUUGGUUCUCUUGAUGCAGACUCUUGAUGUGUGUCAUCGUAACUUAGUGUGCUUCUCUAGUAGGAGCAGAGGACUUCUACUAAGGCACAGACACUCUCCCUCAUCUCACUGCCUCUCCUCGUAGGGCCCAGUCUGCUGAGAUAGGGUCUGAGAGGAGGGCAUGCAGCCUUAGAGGUCUUUCAAUCAGCUCCUUCAAUCAACCGAUCAGAACCUAGGAAACCGCUCACUCCUUUCGUAACGCACCAACCACGCUUCCCCGUUUUUCAUUUUACACCCCAACCCCACUUUGUGCCACGGUUACAUGUCAGUUUUCCCUUCGAAAGAAACCAAAAGAGAUCAUGCAUUCCAGUAUCAUAGUGAUUAUCAAUGACCACAAAACAACACUCAUCUUCCCGAAUGCAGCCCUUCCUGCCUGCUAUACCUCUCAGCAUUCCUCUGCCUGACUGGUGACUGUUUACUGUCACUGUAUUUGUAGGUACCACUACUGGAGGCACGGGCUGCUCCACUAAUGUCGCCUGUGGGAAUGAAGCCUGCAUGGAGCAGUACUGGCUGCAGCCCGUCAUGGACGGUGAGGGCCAAAGAGUGGGACCCUGCCCCCAUAGAGCCAUGUUGGCCCCCAUAGAAUCUCUUUUCAGUUCAGCUGGGCCUAUGAGGGGGAGCCCUGUGUGUGUUGGAGGGGAUGGAGUUGGCCCUGCUUCAUACCCUUUUCAACCUAUUGUCUCAAUACAAACUGGGGGGAUCUUUUGGCUUGCUUUCCAGUAUAUAUAAUUGGUUUAAGGUUAUCCUGCCAUUUCCCAGUCUGGUUUAGGUUGUUCAUGGUUAGCUAGCUAUGUGCCUCUGCUCGUUUAAAAGCAGGAUGGCACUAGAUAUGUUAUCUGGCCAGGUCAGCUUACACGACUGUGUGAAAUGGGUAUAUGAGUCUAGUCAAUCCUUGCUCAGUUACCAAAAUCAAAGCAAUAGUGGCUUUUCUGUUUAUUUGGGGUUUUCUGUGUAUUUUGUUAUUGUUUUUAUAUUAAAAUCUUGCGUAUCAGACUAAUACUAUCUUUAACCCUGACCUGAAACGUUCCUGCUUUUCAAAGGUGAUGCACAAUUUGUCUCUGAAAUGUUUUGUUCUUUGUAUGGUUAUUACAGAUUCACAAUCAAAGCAUGUCUUUUGAAAAUAAUUUGUUUUCAAAAACCA